AUGGGACCCCAGUUUGACUAUUGUCUACGAGCCACUAAUAACCCAUCAUAUUUCGCGUUGCCGAACAAAGAUGUAACAGACAGCGUGGAAUCCCAAGCUACAUCUGAGCCAUGUUCUCGGUCAGCGCCGGGUCGUGUCUGGCCAGACGCCGGACGGCCAUUCAGCUCACCGAGACGAAGGGAACCAGAAAGUCCCAGAAGAAAAGAGUUCAGAGCUCUGUUGAGGUCUUUAUCUGCAAGGGAGCCAGAACAAGCGGAAGGAUUUCUAAAAGGGCAUCCAAGACCUGGAGAUUGUGCUCCUGGUGACAUGAGACAUACGUUUACUGCUCCGCGCAUCAAAAAAGGUAAAAUAAGUGCGACAGUGGUCACAUCAGAUGGUCCACAGGAGCGUGAAGAGGUUUUUUACACAAUUCCUCUUCAAGGUAGAAGAAGGCAUUCAGUUGGUGGAUACUUGGCGACUGGUGCCGCAGGGGCGGGUGAAGUUACGUCAGUUCCUAGCGAAGUACCGCGCAUGCCUCCGCCGAGAUUCAACCAAAAAGAAGAAGAUACCAUCAAGAGAAGAAGGCCGAAGAACUUUUCUUUUAAAGAAAUGGAAGACAUUGCGAUUCUGUGGAGCUCCGGAUCCCCGGAGAGUGCGCUGUGGUCUGACUACUUGGUCGCUAGCUUUGAUAAGAUUAUGUCCCAGAGAGCCAGACAUCACUAUAGAGUAACUCCAAUAAUUGCAGAAGAACUUUUAGCCUCAGACUCACAAGAAAAACUAGAUAAAUUGGCUAAGGCACAGUUACAAAUAGUCAUUGUAUGCCCAAUGCUUGCCGCAAAGAUGGCGGAUUUAAAAAAAGACUUGAACGGUGAGACUCUGUUCAAAGUUGACAAAGUUUUGGUCAUGUUGCUUGGUGUGGAGAAGAAUCAACUCAUUUCAAGUAACUGUAAAGACUACCCUACAAUAGACCAGUGGCAGAUGAUGUGUGUGCGAGAGAAGGACACUUCCUUCGUAGAUACUUUUCUUACAGCUGCCGUCGGGAUACUUCGAACAAAAGAUUGUAAAGACACAGCUACCGACAGAACUAGCUUCUCUAUAGUUCCUAAGAAAGUAAAAAUCGGACAGAGUCGGGUAAUAGCGCUCCUUAAUGACCCCAUUAGAGACGAGGACAGCAUAAAAAUUAUGGUGGACAAGAAAGGCGAGGUCAUUAAUAUAAACAGUUUCAAAAAAAGGAAUCCUUACACUCUUCAGUUUGAUAUUCCCGAAUCCUGUCUGGAAGUUUCAAUGCUUGUUUGGGUACGCGUCAGCAAGAACGGUCAGUCACUGGGCCGAAGGCAAAUCAAAUGUGAAAGUCGACUACGCGAACUGGAUCAGUUACUUAGAGCUUCAGAUCAUCCUCUAGAAUUCAUGUGCCAGACUUUGGGUUUCAAAACAACCAGCAAGGAACAACUCGAUAGUUGGAUGCUAAACGCCUUUCAGAAGAAUAUACCGCCACAUUUCAACCUUCUUGCUUCAACAGAACAGUUUAAUCCUAAAUCAGAUAAUUUGACUAGUGGAGAGGAAUAUCCAACUUUACUACACUGGGCAGCAAGAUUUGGUUUGGAGAGAUUAUGUUGGCAGCUCUUAGAGUGUCCUGGAGGUGGUGCAGCUGUUGCUCUACGCAACGUCCGACAAAGAACACCCGCAGACCUUGCUAGAGACCACAAACAUUAUGCUCUUGCAGAUGUACUUGCCGACCAUCUUAAAAUAAACGAGUUCUCUAACAUGUAUUAUUAUCUUAAAAAUAUGUCUGACAAUGAUAAAGACGAAAGCCAAGACGAAGGGAAACGUAACGAACUACGGAUUGAAGAAACUUGUGAUACUGUUGAUUCACCGACGCAAGAUCACAAAGAUGUGACUGAAUCUAUUGACCCAUUCAGCGAGGCCUGCACUCAGAAUUUAGAGAAAAAUAUCGAUACGUUAGAAAGAAAACAACGACCAAGUUUGAAAUUGCCAAAAAUUAAAGAACAGUUCUACCAGAACGAAUUCCCGCAUCAUGACAAUACUGUAGAUAGAAUUCAACAAGCAUUGGAACACGAUUAUUUAGUUCAACCUUCGAAUAUUAAAGUAGAAAGCCCUCAGUUUAGACCAAGCAAUUUAUACGCUAAUAGUUCACGACUCAUACCGCAACAGUCGGAUAUUUUCUUGUAUUCGCCCACCGAAGAAUCAAGGACUUUUACCAUUGACACUCCUACUAGUGAUAUAAGCCAAAUAAACUUAAAUACCAAAGAUAUUCGAAGUAGUGGUAGUGUUAAAUCUGGCAAAGAGAUUUGUCCUUUAACAGGGCAAGAGGAAUUAGCUGAAAUAAUUACAGACUUUAAGAAUAAUGUAUUUACAAUAUCUGAAGUUGAAAAAUUAGUCAUGGAAUGGAAAAACCGGAAUGAGACGCAACAAUCACUAAAAGAGAAACAAGAACAACUAAACAAAAUGAGAGAAGAAUAUGAUAGAAUACAGCAAAAAAUUAAGGACAAUAUGAAAAGACCGACACCGUUCGAGAGAGUAAAGAAAAUGUUCUCAAAAAGCAAAAAUAAACAUCACCACAAUGACAACAAUAGCGGCACAAUUGAAAAACGUAACGGGAACACUAGACCUAACAGUAGCCUAAGUGAAAGUUCAUCUUCAUCUGGCCGUCUCAGCACAGUCAGUGGAGGGAGUGUAGCUGAAACUAACAGCGUUCAAUCUGAAAAUGAUGAGAAAGCGAGGUCUAUUAUAUCAUCCAGCACAUUAACAAUGCAUUCAGCAUGUGAUGGUGAAAAUCGAAUGGACGAUUACUUGAUACCGCCUCCUCCUCGACCCCUCAAUGGUACAUGCCCCCAAUUCACUACUUUCGGACACCCUAAAAACGACCAUAGUAGUAGAAAUCAACACAUGGCAACUAUCGUGGAGCGUGAAACGUCGGCUUCUCGUGAAACUCUUGAUGGCGAAACAGAGUUACACAAUGGCACACAUUUACGACUAAACUUUGGACCCCGCGACAGAUCUACUGCGACAGGUCGCUGCGAUGACAGGGAUGGUGCUCAUAUGUACAUGAAUAUAUCUGCAACUCAUACGUGA